GUAAAUCUACGGUGGCGACAUUCGCGUUGCUUCAUUUAUUGUUUAUAUUUUUUAAAUCUGAAAGUACUGCUUAAACGCACAUUACUGUACAAAACAGUAUCUUUGAAUCAUCAUCAUUAUUAUUUAGUAUUAUUCCUCUGUAGUGGAAACAGCUGAACACUUACACUUUCGCCCCAGGCGCUGUGAUGUCACUGCUGGCGACGGAGCAGCUGAGAGACACCUUGUCGCCGUCCUCAUGUGAAGUUACCGCGAUAUGUUAACUGAUCCUCAUGAGUGGCAUCGCAUGGACUGCACUUUAACAUUGUUAAGCAAGUUGCCAGUAAUACCGAAAUCCGUGUAAAACACCGGGGCAGAAAAUGCUACGAAAGGAGACAUCCUGCUGCUACCAAGAGUUUAAUGAUGAGGAUUGUGCACGAGUGUCUGCAUCCUACCAGCACAAUGGAGAUGCUGACCAGGAUCAAGGUGAAACCAACUGUGAUGUCUUACCAGAUGUGGAUGUUAUGGACAGCAGUCCACACUCUACUGCGUUCAACAAAGCUUGUUUGAAAAAUGUCUUCACAGUCAUUCUUGUUCUCAUCUACCUUCUGCUAACAACAGUGGCUGUAUUUUUGGCCUACCAAACCAUAUCAGACUUCUUGGAGAAGCUCAAUCAUCCUGUAAUGUCUGUGUCAUACAAAGAGGUUGAGGAGUUUGCUCCCCCAGGAAUUGCACUGUAUCCAGGGAAAGCUCGGUUAUUAAGCUGCCGGCACCACUACCACGAUUAUAUUCCCUCUCGUUUAUUGAUAGGGCAGAUGGAGGACAGUGACUGUGUAAUACAGAACGUUAUUUAUAAUGACCCAUACACAAACCAUACGAAACAAGCCCUGGUGGUUGAAGGUCCAACAGAUGUCAGGAACCGAGAGCUCAUAUUUCUACAGUUCAGUCAGAAUGAAACUGAAGAGGACUUCAGUGCCAUCAGUUACAUGCUGUUUGCCCAGUUCAGUGAUCUGGUUAAAAGCUCAGAUAAAGCUGUAUUCAUGAGGGACUGUGAGAAGAACUACUCAAUGUGGACUUUCUCCGGUGGCUUUCGUACCUGGGUCAAAAUGUCUUUGGUACGGACAUCUGGGAAAGGAAACGAAUCUGUCGAAUUCAGACAAGAGUCAAGUGUGGUGAAGUACAAUGACAAGAGGCCUCCACAAAACCAAACUGAUGAGCUUUUCUUUAUUGUCUUUCAAUGGCGAGAUCCAUUUAUACAACAAGUCAAAGAUAUCGUCACAGCAAACCCAUGGAACACCAUAGCCAUUCUGUGUGGGGUCUUGAUGGCUCUUUUUAAAGCUGCCAACUUUACCAAGCUGAGCAUUAAGUGGAUGAUCAAAAUUCGCAAAAGACACUUACGAGCAAAAAUUAGGGAAAUGAACCAAAUUAGCUGACU